AAAAAUCUAUUACUACACACUAUACACGCAAAUAAAUUACUGAUGUCUGCUCAAAAUCAAACAGUUUUCAUUUCAGGUGCUACUGGUUACAUUGCCCAACAUAUUAUUGUCCAAUUGUUGAAAAAGGGUUAUAAUGUUGUUGGUCAAGUAAGACUGGCUGCCAAAGGUGAUGCCUUAGCUAAAGAUGUCAACAAUUCAAACUUCUCUUAUGAAGUUGUAGAAGUCCUCGAAAAGGAAGGUGCUUUUGAUGAAGCUUUAUUGAAACAUCCUGAAGUUACCGUAUUUUUACAUACUGCUUCACCAGUGACUUUUUCUGCAACCGACAAUGAAAGGGAUAUUUUAAUUCCAGCAAUUGAUGGUACUAAGAAUGUUCUUAAAUCAAUUAAAAAAGUUAGUCCACAGAUUGAAAGAGUUGUUUAUACAAGUUCUGCUAUUGCUGCAGCUUCUUUCGAAGAGACAGAAGCCCCAGACUUUGUAGGAGGUGAAGAUACUUGGAAUGAAUUCUCUUACGAGGCGGCCGUAAAAGGUAGUGCAAAAGAUGCUUACCAGGGAUCUAAGAAGUAUGCUGAAUUAGCUGCUUGGGAAUUUGUUAAAACCGAGAAGCCAAACUUUAAAUUGACUACUGUCUUACCUGUUUAUGUCUUUGGACCUCAAGCAUUUGUAUCCGGAUUGAAGAGUUUAAAUCUUACUGCUCAAGUUGUUGCUAAUGUUUUGAAUUUAAAGAAAGAUGAUCCUAUUCCUGAAAUAGGAAGCAAUUUUAUUGAUGUUCGUGAUAUUGCAUAUGCUCAUAUUGCUGCAUUUGAGAAAGAAAAUGCCGUUGGAAAGAGAUUGCUUGUUCAUUCAAGCAGAUUCAAUUAUCAAAAUAUUGUUGAUAUUGUCAGAAAGAAUUUCCUGAAGUUGGCUGAUCAAAUUCCUGUUGGAACUCCUGUCCCAAAGGAUUUCUUCUCACAUUAUAACAAGUUACAUGAUUCUAAUGCUAGAGAAGUUGUUGGUAUUGAAUAUACUCCACUUGAAAAGACUAUUGUUGAUCAUAUUGGACAAAUUUUAGAUAACAGAAGUUAACUUUAACUCUGCAUGAAUCACAAUUAUUUAUUAUUUUAUGUUUUUGUUUUAGAUAUAUAGUCACAUGUUAUUUAUUGUUUAUAUAGGUUUCUUAAUAAAAU